AUGGCUUCGACCCAGUUUAAUCAAUCCAGUGUGCCAGAAGAGGGUCAAAAUAGUCUCAAGCGCAAACACGAAGAUGAUAACGAUGUUGAAAUGGGCUACGAGCCAACUCGAGAGGACAUUCGCCUAGUUGUUGCUGCUGGUGACGGCGACCUAGAGGAAAUCAAAUCUAUCAAUGAGUCCGGCAAUGGAGAUAUUUGUUUUCAAGAUUCACAGACCGGAAUGAGUGUUCUUAUGGCAGCUGCCGGUGCAGGACACGCUGAGGUUGUUCGCUAUCUUCUCGAUGAGGGAGCCCCAUGGAACGCGGUGGACAGACGAUACCGUUGUGCUGGUGAUUACGCCGCGAUGAAUGGACAUCAGGUCAUUGUAGACAUUAUCAUGGAUCAUGCGGUCAUGUCUGAAAUGAUUCUCUCGAUUGUGGAGUCCGAAGACAGUGCUGUUAUCCCAUCCUACCUUCCUACUGCUGAGGAGGCGGCCUCGCUAAAAGCAACCGUGGAGAAAGAGGUGAGUGAAAAUGGUUCAACUCCGAGUCGUUUAAACGCCGCCUAUCUGGCCAGCCGUCUAGAAUACACCCCAGCAGGUGAUCGUCUAGUGGACACUUCUACCCAACUCGCUGUCAUGAUGGAUUGGGAGCGUCCGCUGAUGGCCCGCCACGCCGCGUGGAUCUGUUUUGCCGAUGUGGACACUGCGAAAAGACCUAGCAGUCUUCACACACUUAACGUCGGGUUCGGAAUGGGAAUUGUGGACGAAGAAAUUAUUAGUCAUGCACCUGUGUCUCAUACUAUCAUUGAGGCGCAUCCACAGUUGGUGGGCAAACCGGUUGUUUCAUAUGAUACUUUCGUCGUCCUGGCAUUCAAGGUUCUCGAGAAGAUGGAAGCCACAGGCUGGACCCAGCGCAGCGGUGUGCAUGUGCGUCGAGGUCGUUGGCAGGACGUGGUGCCUCGCCUGGAGCGUGAAAUCGCCGAGGGCAAACUGGAGCCCUUCGAUGGGGUUUUCUUCGACACAUACGCGGAGGAUGAUCGCGAUCUCUCUCAAUUUCAUCGCCAUCUACCGCGCAUCAUGUCACAGCAUCCACGUGCCCGCUAUUCCUACUACAAUGGAAUGUGUCCAGACAGCGUGUUCUUCCAUGGUGUGGCGUGUGAAACUACUAGAUUGCGAUUGGAGAGGUUUGGGGGAUUUGUCUGGCCUAACUUCGAUAAUGUUGCUCGGCUAUUACCAGGCAUCUCAAGCGUUGAAGUCCUUUCCCGAGGUAUGACUUAUGGACUGAGGGCUGACUACCACGGUCGGGCCCAUCGCCGACAGAUACUGGGCUUUCAAUGCGACUUCGCACCAGUUCUAGUAAAAGAGGAGGUGGGAAGCCCUAAGACGUGGAAUAACCUUUCCGGCCGUUAUUGGAACUUCGACACAUACUUCCUGCCUCAAUGCACCCGGCGUCCAACUGUUUAG